CUUCCUCCAUCUCUUUGUCUGCAGAGGAUGCCAGUGGUCGACAUCGGUGGAUAUGCGGUGGAUUUUCCCUUCGAGCCCUACGACUGCCAGAAGAUCUACAUGGCACACGUCAUCAGAGCGCUCAGCACCGGCCAACACGCACUGCUCGAGUCGCCCACAGGUACACACCACACCAGACGGCAUCCCAGCCACCAGCCCCAGCCGCUGGUGUCAUUUGCACUGCAGGCACCGGCAAGACUCUCUGUCUGCUGUGCGCCACACUGGCCUACCGGGCGAGGCUUCUAAAGGACGGCCCCGCGCAGCCUGGUGGUACGCAAGUGGCCAUUUGUCAUUGUGUUUGGACGCACAGAUUCUUCUUUCGGUUAUGGCGCCGUUCCACUCAUGUGUCGUGCUGUCAGGCGUGCCGCGCGUCAUCUACUCGAGCAGGUAAGGUGUGUCCAUCCAUCCAUCCAUCCAUUCAUCCAUCCAUCAGUCACUCAUUCCCCUUCGUCCCUGCCUGCCUUGCUGGCUGGCUGCCUUUGUGCAGGACUCACAGUCAGCUGCGGCAUGUCAUUCGGGAGUUGAAGAGAACCAACUAUGUAUGUCGUACAGGCAUGAUAUAUGGCGGCGGGGCACACACUCAGACAGGGGACGUGGCAUAAUGUGUUAUAUGUUAUAUGGUUGGGUUGGUUGCAGGUCACAGGCCCCGGCCCCGUCACCAAGGUGUGCAUCCUCGCAUCCAGAGACCACCUCUGGUGGGCAGCGGGCAAAUGCAUUGCUGUACCUUAUCUUUCCCAUCCGUGGGUCUUUCUGCACUGCACACCACACGCAGCGUCAAUGCCAGGAUCAACCGCCGUCGCGGACAGGAGCUCAAUGCCGCAUGCCAAAACAUGCUCGCCAAACAGGUUGGUGCACCAACGAAGGAAGCACACGAACAAGCGGAUGUUGCAGCGUCACUCGCGAGGUGAGGGCUGCUGGGGUCUGUGUGUCACAUAUAUCAGUUGUGUCACUACCAUGGGGGUCUGAGUGUGCUGGGCAAGUCGGUGUUUGACGUGCCGCGGGACAUUGAGGACUGGGUCAGCUUCUCCAACGACCCACAACCCGAAGUGGUCAGCAAGAAACCCUACCAAUCACACCUCCCACAGAUAGAUGUGUACGUACGUAUCUGCUGUCCAUCCACCUAUGCACCCAUGUGUCAGGACAAGCCCUUCUGUCCGUUCUUCGCCACGAGGGAGAACCAGGUGACUGCCCAAGGGGAUGGUCGAUGGGGAUACAUACCUGGCCCGCCCUGCCACCAGGUGGAGUGUGUGUGUGUGUGUGUGUGCAGAAGAUCUGUGACCUCGUCUUCUGUCCCUACAACUACAUACUCAACCCCGAGGCGCGGUAAGUGAAUAUGUGAUCCGUCAUGUGCUGUCCACAGCGUGUGUGUGCGCGUUUAUUCCGUGCCGUCCAUGGAUCAGCAAGACGUUGAAGCUGGACCUCACCAACGCCAUCGUCAUACUUGACGAGGGACACAACGUAGAAAAGUGCGCCAACUGACCGCACGACACAACACACCCGCAUAGCAUACAGACAGAGACAUCAUCUCAUCGUUGCCUGCUUGCUUGCUUCUUGUCCGUCCGUCCGUCCGUAUGAUGUGCGAUAGGGUGUGUGAGGAGGCGGCGUCGUUCGACCUGCGGGGUGCGGAUCUGUGUGGGGCCGUCAAAGACAUCGACGCCGCCAUGCCACUCCUGGCCAAAAAGGGUACACACGGACGGACGGAUGCAGUCACACAGCACCCACACAGGAUUUGCUGUCGAUGGAUGGAUGGAUCAGUCCCUGCGAGUGUGUCAGAGCCGGACCCUCCCUCCGAGCGGCCCAAGGGCAAGGGUUCUGGCGACAAGCCGGGUAGAGACGAUGACAGGGUGCGAAAGGUAGAGGGGAUGGUGCAGCUGCUGAUGGAGGCCAGAGGGGCCCUCCUAGCCGUCGAACGAAAACUACUGAACGUACGUACGGACGGACAGCAAGGAGCACACUGAUUGCAGAGUUGCCAUGGAGGAGUGGAACAGAUAAAAUGUAUGAUGUUUGUGGUGGAUUGGAUUGCAGGUAGAGUUGAAGGAUGGUGAUGACAUCUGCCCAGCCAGACACAUGCUCUCCGACGGCAAUGGCACGCGGGCCAUAUUCAAUGUCAGUCGACAAGACAGAAUACAUACCGGCACGAAAUGAUCGAUGCCGGUCGACCGGUGUGUGCAUGCAAUGCAGGACGGCGGGCUGGAUAGGGUCGACGUAGGUGAGCUCCGCAAGGCGUCGGACGCCGUGCUCGAGGUCCUCUCAGACACCUCUAGUAGCGGAGCCAGCGAGAGCAGCAGCACCACCACACAGAAGGGCAUACAUCUAGACAAAUGCACCAAAGCCAUACAGGUCUGUCUGUCAAGAUAAAUAAAAGAGGAGGGAGCCAACUCACGGCACGUGUCUGUGUCUCUGUUCCUGUUUGUAUGUGUGUUCGUAUCCGUGUCUGCAGCUCGUCUAUUCGGACCAUGUCAGCGGCAAUGUGCAGUCCUUCAGGACGCUCGUCCGCGAAAACACCAAUGGCAUACUCGGCGCAUCCAACACCAGAGAGAGGUUAGCACGAAACACACACACACAGACACACACCGACAGCCGCCAGAAAGCCAGAUAGAGAAGUGCAUGUGUGUUUGCUAUGGCUGGCUGUGUCAGGUGUUUGAGUUUUUGGUGCUGCAGUGCGGCUGUGGCGAUGGGCGACAUGAUGGGCCAAGGCGUCAGGAACCUCAUCAUCACUUCGGUCGGUCUGUCGGGAGGCACACGCACAGACAAACAUGAUCAAAGAAUGCGAUGCGACACAUCCCUCCCUGCAUUCCACCAACCAGGGCACGUUGUCGCCGCUCGACGCUCUCGCCGCCCAGCUGGGGCCCAAACCAAACGACGUCAAGUAGACUUACUCGCACACACGUGACAUGACAUACGCGUGAGACAGACGCCUGUUCUGUUCUGUUGGUGGGUGUGGUGUGAGUGUGUAGGUUCGGUGUUCGUCUGGAGAAUGCCCAUGUGGUGGGUGCGAGUCAGCUCACGUGCGGCAUACUCAAGAGGGGCCCCAUCGGACCAAACCUCAACUUCAACAAAGAUGUACACCCCACACAACACACCAGGAUCUACACACGCGCCACCAUCUGCGCAUGUCGAUCUGUGCGUGCGGUGUAUCCGUGUGUGUGUGUGUGUGUGUGCAGCAUCGUGACAACAGCGAGAUGUUGCAGGGGUUCGGUCGUGGGGUGGUGCAGGUGUGCCGUAAGGUGCCCGACGGAGUGCUGCUCGUCUUCCCCUCAUACGCACUCAUGGACAACGUCAUCAACAAGUACAUACAUGCAGACACAGAGAGACACACACGGUGCACAUGCCAUAGGCUGUUGGUUGGGGUUUGUUGCAUUUGGUCUGUUUAGGUGGGAGAGUGGCGGCAUCAUGGCACAGAUCAGAGCCCACAAGGAAGUCUUCAUCGAGCCACACAAACAGUACACACACACACCAUGAGACCACAGCCAUCGGGUAAGGUGAUGUGUCUUCCUCCUCUGCGUCGAUGAAUGUAGGCGUGGAGACCCCUCAUCAGCGUCCGGCACUCAGCGCAACAAGAGGCCGACGCCCGCAGACGACUUUGGCAUCGAUCAGGACAUGUUCACAGGGAGGAGCGGCCCCACCAAUGUGGAGACCGUCAUGAGCAGCUACGCCCGCAGCUGCCAGGAGAGCCUGCUGGCCAGCAGACACCACCAACAGCAGCAGCAGGGUGGCAUGAAUGGGGCCAUACUCUUCGCUGUGUGCCGGGGCAAAAUCAGCGAGGGUCGGCGAAGAAACAUUGCUGUUCUACGAAUAUAUAUUGCUGUGGUGUGUGUUCCUCUGUAGGUAUCGAUUUAAACGACCAUUUGUGUCGUGCCGUCAUCCUCUGCGGCAUUCCAUACCCCACACCCGACGAACGGUACACAUCACACGCAUCAACACGUGUGUAAUUCAAUUGCAUGUCUGUCUCCCCCCCUGUCCCUUCUGUUGUUUGUGUGUGCAGCGUCAAGUUGAAGCGUCAGUACCUCAACCGAGACCGCAGGAAUCCCGACGCCAAUGAGGGGCCCGGCCGCACCUGGUACGAGCAACAAGCAUGCAGGGCCAUCAACCAGGUACAUACUUUACACAGGCAGAUGCAAGCAGAGACAAAGCAAGCAGCUGACCUGACGCCACAUUCUGUCACACAUGCCAUGCAUGUGGAUGUGGUUGGAUUGGUCGUAAGGCUAUCGGUCGUGUUAUUCGGCACCAGAAGGAUUUCGGUAUCAUUCUUCUCUGCGAUGAGAGGUAGGUAGGGAGACACACACGCCACUUCGACCGCUGGUGGUGUGGUGUGUCUCGCAGAUUCGGCCAUGGCGGCGUUCAGUCGCAGCUGUCCCAGUGGCUCCGACCGCACGUCAAGACUUUUGAGUCAGUCAGCACAAUUACAUCCAUGUCUGCGCCAUGGGUGUUCAUGCCAUUCUAUGCGUCGGGGUGUGUGUGGAUGUGUCUGCAGCACGUUUGGUCCGGCCAUCAGCUCGCUGGCCAAGUUCUUCCAGGACAUACCGCCGGCACUCACAGAUGCAUGCUACAACAAAGUCGCUGCAGCGGUGAGCACCAGCAGACAGACCACCAACACCACACAGACAGACAGGGGAACCGCAUGCCAUCCAUUCUGGAUGCAGCAAGGCGGCGGUGGUGCGCGGCACGUUGCUGUGGCUGGUGGCCGGGGCGUGGGCCAUUCUGCCUCCUCAAGUGGGGCGUUUCAGUUCAACAAGUCCAGCAAUGCAUCAGCAGCAUCAGCACGCCAUCAGCAGCAGGCGAGGCCUGUGGCACGCCAUGACUCCCAGGGAGGAGCGAGUCAGGGGCGGUCUGCAUUCGACGAGAGGUACCGUGUGCAGAGUGGGUGGCGGGGCAAGGCCACACAGCCAGAGCCGGAACCAGUAUCGCAACCCUCACUGCUGCGACUCCUCUCAAAGAAGUGAUAACUGACAUACCCAUCCAUGCAGACAGACAGACAGACAGAAAUGCGGACUGGAGGCGGGUAUGUGUGUACGUCACAUCCAUCUGUGUGUCUGGUGGGUCCGCUGUCAUGUGUUGAUUGACCG